GCCUUAGUUUGAGUGUUGGUAGCUCUUUCUUCCACAGAGAAUUGCACUGUUUACUUUAGAAGAGAAGGGCAUACCGACCGAUUAAAAUCUGAAUCUAUAGAGAUGUCAACAAGACUGAAUCCAACUGAUGAGAUGAUGAUUAAAUUGGGGGAAAUUUUGCUAGAAACAUUGACAGAGCUGGAUGAAGAUGAAUUUAAACUAUUUAAAUACUAUCUAAAGAAUAGAGGUUUGAUCAUCAGGAUGGAAGGAAAAGCUGAUAGAAUUGACAUAGCUGAAUCUAUGAAAACAAAGUUUGGUGCUGUCUCUGCUCUGAAGCAUAUCACUAACAUAUUUAAGAAAAUGAAUCUUAAUGAAAUUGUUAAGAACCUUCAAGCAAAAAAAGCUCAAGUUGAGAAGGAAUACAAUAAGAAAAAAGAGAAGAAACCAGUGACAAGAGACGAUCAGACCCAAAUGAGAAAAACAACUUCUAACGGCAAUGAUAACAUUGGUAAACCUCAGCUGACCAAGAAAAAUAACCUGAAAUCCACCAGUGAGACAAAGAAUAACCAAGUUGCUAAGAAAAGAAAAGCACAAACUGAAGAGGGACAAGAGAUCAAAAAAAGAAAGACAUCCCAGGAAUCUCUCCAGAAAACAAAACCAGAAGCUGAAAGAGAAGAUGGUCUCCAGACAAUGCCCAUGGUAGUAAUGGUGCUCAAAGUGAAGGAGACAUUUGAGUAUGAUACUCAAAAAGGAAAGAAAGAGAUGUUUCAUGCCAUUGUGGCAAAUGAGCAUGAAUUUAUCCGGGUAAAGGUUCUCAACAUGAAUGUCAAGGAACAAUUCAAGAAAAAUAAGGUCAUCGAAAUAUCAAAAGCUUAUUGGAACAGAGGUUUCCUAGAAAUAAAUAAAUGUUCCAAGGUAGAAGAUAUGACUACUAACAAAAAAAUCACAGUACCCCAAAACAUCAUCAGAAAAGCGGCUAAAACCACAAAACUCCAAAUGCUUGAAAAACUAAAACCAGGAAGCUAUGUGGAUGGUGUUUAUGAGAUCCAUAAGAAAACCGAAAAAGAGAAUUGUACAUUCUUUGAAGUGAAGGACAACACAGGAAAAAUUAAAGUAGUGGCAUUUGGCAAAUGGGCCAAAAUAAAGAGUGAGAAAGGAGACAAACUUCGGCUUACCUGCUUUGAGUAUAACAGUUUUGGGGAUGAAAUGCAACUGAAAUCUGUAACUCAUAGUUGCAUCCAGGUCAUCAAGGCUAAGAAAAAUUAGAAAGAUAGCUCAAGAGAGAACAAAUUGAUAGUCCUGAUAUUGUCUCCUCUCUGUCAACUGGACCUUUCUGAUGAUAUCAGAUUCAACAGCUACAAACCUAAGAAUUCAAUACUUUAAAAAUAACAAUCUAAGUGCAAAACAUGGCAUAGGGUUCCAGUUUGAUCCUGCCUCCAGUACUUAGUUCUGCAACUUGGAUAAGUUAUAUUACUUUCAAUGUCAAGCUUUCUUUUAAUUUUUUUUUAGUUGACAAACAUUUAUUUUCUCUGCCUUCCAUCUUCUCUCUCCUCCCCAUUAAAAAGGGAAAAAAAGCAGGGGAGAGGUAAUGCCUUGUCACAAAUAUUCAGUCAAGCAAAAUAAAUUUACCCUUUGGUCAUGUCCAAAAA